AGAAGAAUGGGGAAUUGCUGGGGAGGAGAGGGAGAUGGGGGUGUCUCCUGCUCCCCUCUCUGCGUUAUGCUCCACCGUCUGAGCAUCCUUGGUUGCUGAAUGCAGGCUUGGGCUGAUCUGAUCCGAGAAGCUUACAGCUUAACAAAGGGAGCAGUUUGUAUCAGUACAGCUAUCGGAAUGGCCAGCCAAAUGGCCAAGUAAAAAUAGAGACUCCCCAUUCAGAGGCACCCUACCUUUGAUUUCCAGGGGAAAUCUCUUCCUGCAUCGAGAAGGAUCCUCUUCUGCUUCUGAAUAGUCUUGUGAUUUAUGCUGCUCUGAAGCUUUCCCCUAACCCUGGUCCAUGGAAGAGUGACGGAGUUUUUCCCCUAACAGAAAAGGAAUUACAUUCAUCGGAGUUACUCCCCCCUCCCCUUAUCCAGAGGGGAUGGCUAGUGUCCAGGGGGCUGCGGAAACCAAGGAUCUCCACUUCGAGGUCAUGGUUGAUAAUGGUCCACAUCCUGUCAUCAAAAUGGAGGAACAGGAGUCAACAGGCCCCAUCCCGAGGGAAGAGGGGACAGAAAGGCCUGGAAAGGGCCUCCAUAUUGUCCCAGGCUGGGGCUCUUGGGUUGGGGCAACCUUGUCCAGAGUUGGGACUUGUGGAGAAUUUCCGAGCCGGACAAAGCAGGAGGAUGUGAAACAAGAAGUGGCUUGGGAGGCCGAGUGGCAGGAAUUCUUGAAGGCCUUGCAGUCGCCUCACACUGACUGGGUGAGACCGACAUUGCUGGAGGCUGCCGGAGAGGGUGGGUCCGGCUCUGAGGUCUCCGGGUGGCUGAAAGGACAGGUGGAGACCAGGCUGCCGCUGAGCCUGGAGGGCGGAGGCCUCCAAGCUCCCAGAUCCCCAGAAGCCGGGGCUUGUGGGGAGGUGAAGGGAGAGAUCCUUGGCGAGGAAGCUGUCAGGGCAGAGGCCCAGCGCCAGCACUUCCGGCAGUUCCGCUACCUGGAAGGCAAGGGACCCCGCGAGGUUUGCAGCCGGCUCUGGUAUCUUUGCCACCGGUGGCUGAAGCCAGAGAGGCACACCAAGGAGCAGAUCGUGGAGCUGGUGACCCUGGAGCAGUUUGUGGCCGUCCUGCCUUCAGAGAUCCAGGGCUGGGUCAGGGAAGCAGGGGUGGAGACCUGCACCCAGGCGGUGGCCCUAGCUGAGGAUUUCCUGCAGAGGCAGCAAGAGGCUGGGAAGCGUGAGCUGCAGGUGCCAGGAGCGCUUAUGGAGGUCGCUGCAAGCUUCCCCGAAGCAGACCGGGCUGUGUUGAACGCCAGGGAGAGGAACGCCAGAGGAGAGAUCAAGCUGGAGAGUGACAGAGAUGCCUCUUUGCUGGGUGCUAGCUGGGAGAGUGAAAAUAAUACGGAAGCACGUGUGGUGUUAAAAACAGCCGGGGAUAUGGAGGAAACUAUAGGGAAACACGAAGGACCGAAGAAGCAACAGAGGAACAACGCAGAGAAGUGGAAGGAGAAAUCCACUGUAUGUCCAGGAACAAAAGUCCUUGAAUUUAAAGCCAAGCAGAGAUUACGUGAAGGAAAGAGAAGACAUACAUGCAGUGAGUGUGGCAAAAGCUUUACCUGCAAAUCUAGCCUUACUAGGCAUCAGAUAACUCACACAGGAGAGAACCCACAUAAAUGCUCAAACUGUGGGGAAAAAUUCACUCGGAGAGCAAGUCUCAUUGUUCAUCAGAGAAUCCACACAGGGGAGAAACCGUAUCAAUGUUUUACCUGUGGGAAAAGCUUCAGUGUGAAUUCAACCCUUAUUAGGCAUCAAAGGAUCCAUACGGGAGAGAAGCCGUAUCAGUGCUUUGACUGUGGGGAAAGCUUCAAUCAGCGCACAAUCCUUAUUUCACACCAGCGAAUUCAUACAGGAGAGAAGCCGUAUCAGUGCUUGGACUGUGGGGAAAGCUUUCGCGAUAAGUCAAGCCACAUCAGGCAUCAGAGAAUCCAUACAGGGGAGAAACCAUAUAAAUGUUCAGACUGUGGUAUGAGCUUUCGUGAAAAAUCCAGCCGUAUUCGACAUCAGAGAAUCCACACUGGGGAGAAACCAUAUAAAUGUCUAGACUGUGGGGAAAGCUUUAGUCAGAGCUCCACUCUUAUUAGACAUCGGAAAAUACAUAUUGGGGAGAUACCACAUCUGUGCUCAGAACGUAAGGAAAGUUUUUGUGAUAAAUCAAAUGUUAAAAAGCAGCAGAAUGGUCAUUUACAAGAGGAACCAGAUAAAUAUGCAGAUUGUGGUGAAAGCUUCAGUCAGGAUACAAGCCAGCUUUGGCAACAGAGCGUCCAUUCAGGAGAUAAAUAGUAGCCACAUUCUCACUAUAGAACAGCUUGAAUUACAAUCUGUUUCCUGCUAGCUUUACAGAAGUAUGCAGAAGAGGGACAUAGUGGCUGAGUUCAGACAUACGGCUAAACAAUAGUGUUAUGAGAAUGAAUUUAUAUUCCCCCUGGCCUCAUGAGUUACUUCCUCCCCUGUUCUUCUCUGGUGUGCUUCCAUUUCUGUUUCAGAUUAACCGAUAUUUAGCAUGUCAUCUGAACCCUAAACUGUGGUUAAUCUUAACUCUGGGUAGGGAAAACAAGCCAGCUUCAUAAACUGUGGCUUGAAGCAAAUUUGUUUCUACUAAUCGGAGUUAAGCUGAAGCCUGUUUGGUCUGAGUUUGGACAAAUCACAAGCUGUGGUUAAUCAAAACUGGAAACAAAAGCUUCCAAACUUUUCCUUGCUGGAGGGGGACUGAGAGAGUGUGAGCCCGGUGGGGAGGCUGGACCUAGUUCUUAUAAUGCAUUGCACCUAAACCAGCCAUUAUAGAUAUUCCAGCUAUAGCCACAGUUUGUUCAAGCUACAGACAGACUUAUGUGUGGGGGUCAUGAUGCCAUAGAAGCACCGGGGGUGGUGAUGAAAUGUAGGAGAUUAUACUGGCUACAAAAGUGAGCUUGUUUUAAUAAAUAAAAUUCAAAAUAUUUUUUAUAUAAGAAA